GAUGCAGUGCUGGCUCCGGAUAGUGUAUAAAAUGCGCACAGGCGGCUCAGACUUCAGACGAGACCGCUUCUGGUUGCAUAGGAACCAUUUCCACAAUUCGCCAUGUUCUCCCCGAGCGAUGAAGUGACCACGAACCUUGGCGCGCUCCUUGUAGGUAACAUCGCAAACGCAAUCUUGUUUGGUGUGACGACUGUCCAAACGUAUGCAUACUGGAACAAUCGUGGUUCAGACAGCGUCAUCUUGGUCAUAUUGUUGGCGUUGUGCUGGGUGAUCGACAUCUUGCAUCUUGCCUUGUUCACCAAAACCACCUACACAUACGCAAUAACGGACUUCGCAGAUCCUGCUGCCCCGCAACAAAUAUUAUGGACCUUCCCGGUGCUCAUAUUCUUGACGGGUGCCAGCGACUUCAUCUAUAUUCACUCGACGCGUCUGGAAGCGUGAGUGGCACUCAGUGUGGUCUAGAGACUCGGGAAGAGUGACGUGUCCGCCCACAAUAGUGAGCAAUCGAAAUACGUUACUUACUGCCUGCCUAGUGAGCAUUCCAGA